AUGGGCAUCCGUUACCGAUACCUGCAACCUCGGCCGAGCAGGGCCAGGCACCUUGUCGUCGUCGCCAUGGCCGCCCUCCUCAUCGGCUGCCUCAUCUACCGCGUCUGGGCGUCGCGAGGGCCCCCGACCACGGCCAACGCCUACGUCUUCUACGCCAACAGCGACCACUACGCCUGCUCCGCCCUGGUCAACGCGCACAUCCUGCAGCACGUCAUCCGCACAAAGUACCCCGUCUUCAUCUUCACCACCGACCACCUGUCGCCGGCCAUGCAGCGGGCGCUGCAGGCCGGCAACGCCACCGUCAUCAAGGAGACGCCCUUGCCGCUGCACGCGCAGAGCGCCCCCUACUACGAGGGGUGCCUGCUCAAGCUGGCCGCCUUCAAGCUGCACCAGCACGACGCCUCGAUCCAGAGGCUGCUCGUCCUCGACGCCGACCAGCUGAUCCUCCGGGACGUGGACCGCGUCUUCGACCUGCCCCUGACCGACUUUAUGGCGCCGCCCGCCUACUGGCUCCAGGACCUGAACCUCACCAGCACCUGCAUGCUGAUCCGGCCCGGCCCCUCGCUGUGGGAGCAGGUCGCGGCGGCGGCCACCGGCAUCGCCUCGGACAAGUACGACAUGGACCUCGUAAACGACCUGUUUGGCCGGCGCGAGCCUCGGCUGAGCGCGAGGUUUGCCACGCUCAACAGCCACUGGGAGGACUGGAAUGUGCCCGCGUGGAUGAACGCGUCCUCUCCUCGUCCGCAGGGUCGCGCGUCGGACCAGGACCUGCAAGACCUGUACAACCAGACUGCCGUUCUGCAUUUCACCGCGGCCGGCAAGCCGUGGAUGUACGACACCCAGCAGCUGCGGCAGAUGAAGCCGGAUGCCCAUCCGCUCCUGGCGGACCAGUGGGUGAGGUGGCGGUCUCUUGCGAUGCAGGUCUGCCCGUCGGAAAUCAUCGACCAUGGUAGGGUACAACAGCAGCGACGCGACCUCUUUUGCCCCCCCCCGGCAGGCACAUGGACCUGCCAAUUCAAUGCGCGUUGCCACAAGGCGAUCCCAGAAAUUCUGUUCACCGCGCUCAAGGCCGAUGCGGGCUCGUGUGCGAAACCAACCCCACAGAACCCUUAUUCUACCCAAACAACAUUCAACCGUUUCUAUUUAUGA